UUAAAAAAAUACUUCUAAUUUUCCUCAAAAAGUAAAGGGAGAGUUAGUUAUCGUUCUGACAAUUUAUCCACAAUUGUUAUUUUACGUGAUGUUAUUAGCAGAAUUGUCUCUAUGGGACAAAUAAAAGUACAUAUUGCUUGUGAUAUUAAUGAGGAAAGUAUUAAAAAAUGUUUAGAAUUAAUUUGGCCUAAAUUGGAAUAUCAAAGUCGGUUAGUUAGACAAUUGGAAUUAGCGAGAGGGUUAAAGGUUAAUUUUAAAGAAUAUUUUUUAUUUUUUUUGAGUGUUGUUGUUGUUAUGUUUGUUGUUGUUGUUGCUUGUUGUUUUAUUUGUUUGUUGCAUGUUUGUUUGUUUGUUGCACUAUAA